GGGAGCAGCGGCGGCGCGGCGCUUUCAGGGCCCGGCCAUCCCCACCAUACGGUGGAAGGAGCGGCCGUGGAAAGGAGCUGAGGGAGGGGAAAGGAGUCGCCUCAGCACCGCCGGGACAUCGCCCUGAGGCGGCCAAGUCGGGGCUUCGUUGCGGCCGGAACCUCGCCAGAGAAAAGGGGCUGACAAGAGAGCGAGCCAGUGGGGGGAAGAGAGAAAGAAGCGGGCUUUCGCCCCGCCACCAACUUCUCCUCAGAGCCCGGCGGGAGGGCAUCAGGACAGAGCCGCGGCCAUGGCAGAGGCAAAUUUCAAAUUUCUCAUUUGGGUUGGAUUAUUAAGCUGCCUUGUAGUCUGUGGAUUUGCCCAACAAGGAGGGAACAAUUGUAUAAAAGCCAACGCAAAAUCAUGUGCAGAUUGUAUUCAAGCUGGACCAAAUUGUGGAUGGUGCAAAAAUAUAACCUUCUUACAAGAAGGAGAAUCUACUGCAGCACGAUGUGAUGAUUUCGAAGUUUUAAAAAGUAAGGGCUGCCCUCAUGAUGAAAUAGAAAAUCCCAGAGGUUCCAAAGAAAUGCUCAAAAACAAGGAAGUGACAAAUCGUGUCAAAGGAGCUGCUGAGAAUCUUCGGCCGGAAGACAUUACCCAGAUUCAACCACAGCAAGCACUCUUGAAGCUAAGGAUAGGGGAACCACAGACAUUGUCAUUAAAAUUUAAGAGAGCUGAAGAUUAUCCUAUUGAUCUUUAUUACCUUAUGGAUCUGUCUUACUCCAUGAAAGAUGACUUAGAGAAUGUCAAAAGUCUUGGAACUUCUCUGAUGACUAAAAUGAAGAAUAUAACUUCAGAUUUUCGAAUUGGUUUUGGGUCUUUUGUUGAAAAAACUGUAAUGCCUUAUAUCAGUACCACACCUGCCAAAAUCAAGAACCCAUGUUCAGCUGAAGCUAACUGUACAAGUCCUUUCAGCUACAAAAAUGUUCUCAACUUUACCAGCAAUGGAAAACUGUUCAAUGAACUUGUAGGUGGUCAACAAAUUUCUGGCAAUUUGGAUUCUCCAGAAGGUGGAUUUGAUGCAAUAAUGCAAGUUGCUGUUUGUGGUUCAAAAAUCGGAUGGAGAAAUGUCACUCGGCUGUUGGUAUUUUCUACGGAUGCUGGAUUCCACUUUGCUGGAGAUGGGAAACUUGGAGGAAUUGUUUUACCAAAUGAUGGACGGUGUCAUUUAAAUGAUAACAUGUAUACAAUGAGCCAUUAUUAUGACUAUCCCUCCAUUGCUCACCUUGUUCAGAAGCUAAGUGACAAUAAUAUUCAGAUAAUAUUUGCUGUUACACAAGAAUUUCAACCCAUCUAUAAGGAGUUGAAGAACUUGAUUCCAAAGUCUGCCGUGGGAACACUCUCUUCAAACUCCAGUAAUGUGAUUCAGCUGAUUAUUGACGCAUAUAAUUCCUUGUCUUCAGAAGUUAUUUUGGAAAACAACAAACUACCAAAAGAAGUUGCAAUUGAAUAUAAAUCUUUCUGCAAGAAUGGAGUGAACGGUACAGGAGAUGAAGGAAGAAAGUGCUCUAACAUUUCAAUUGGAGAUGAGGUUAGGUUUGAGAUUAAAGUAACAGCCAAUCAGUGUCCAGAGAAAGGGCAAACUGAAACCAUUAAAAUUAAGCCACUAGGUUUCACUGAAGAGGUAGAAAUUAAUUUGGAGUUCAUCUGCGAAUGUGAAUGUCACAAUGAAGGAAUUCCUGACAGCCCGGAUUGCCAUUAUGGAAAUGGAACAUUUGAGUGUGGCGCUUGCAGGUGUAAACCAGGACGUAUUGGCAAACAGUGUGAAUGCAGUAUGGAUGAAGUAAACAGUGAAGAUGUGUCAGGCACCUGUAGACCAGCAAAUAGUUCAGAAAUAUGUAGUAACAACGGAGAAUGUAUCUGUGGGCAGUGUGUGUGCAAGAAGAGAGAGAAUCCAAAUGAAGUCUACUCUGGCCAGUAUUGCCAAUGUGAUAACUUCAACUGUGAUCGAUCUGAUGGUUUGAUUUGUGGAGGGCAUGGUGAAUGUAAAUGCCGUGAGUGUGAGUGCUGGGCAAAUUAUACAGGCUCUGCUUGUGAAUGUCCCCUGGAUACUACCCCAUGUCUAGCUAAAAAUGGGCAGAUCUGCAACGGAAGAGGAAACUGUGAGUGUGGACUCUGCAAUUGCACAGAUUCCAAAUUUCAGGGACCGACGUGUGAGAUAUGUCAGACCUGUCCUGGCGUCUGCGCAGAGCACAAGGAUUGCAUCCAGUGCAAAGCUUUUAACAACGGAGAAAAGAAAGAGAGAUGUGACGAAGAGUGUUCGCAUUUUACCAUGGAGCUGGUAGACCACAGAGAUAAGUUGCCACAGCCCGGGACCUAUAAUGCAUCAACACUUUGCAAAGAGAAGGAUAUUGAUGACUGCUGGUUUUAUUUCACAUACUCUGUGGAUGCAAACAACAAGGCCAUUGUCCAUGUGGUGAAGACACCAGAAUGCCCGACUGGCCCUGACAUCAUUCCUAUUGUCGCUGGUGUGGUUGCUGGAAUUGUUCUUAUUGGUCUUGCCUUAUUGCUGAUUUGGAAGCUACUCAUGAUCAUUCAUGACAGAAGAGAAUUUGCAAAAUUUGAGAAGGAAAAAAUGAAUGCAAAAUGGGAUGCGCAAGAAAACCCAAUAUACAAGAGUCCUAUUAAUAAUUUCAAGAAUCCAAACUAUGGACGUAAAGCUGGUCUCUAAGUUUCCGGUGAAAAUCCUAUAUACAAGAGUGCAGUGACAACUGUGGUGAAUCCUAAAUAUGAGGGGAAAUGAAAAUUGCUGUGUAACUUCACAACACUGUAUGCAAUGUAGCAAUUUUGUAGUCACAGUAACCUAGCUUUAGGGCAAUACUGCAAUGAAUUUACUAAUUCAUGACAUUAGAUAUAGGAUUGUUUUCUAUGCAGAUUUUAAACAUGUACAGUAUGCUUUUUUAUUUUUGGAGAGGUUUUUUUUGUGAAUAAUCAGUGCCAGGGACUGACAGAAAACUUGAGACUACAUAGCCUGCUCAACUAAGGUUACAUGGUGCCUUUUUUGACUUUUUUCCCUUGUGUAUCUGGAGUGAAAUGGCUAAGGCAAUCUAAGUAUUAAAAUUAGUAUAGUUUGUAGCUUUAUAGGCAGAUCAGAGCUUGGUUCGCAGGGUUAAAAUGCAAGCCAAACAAUUAUUUGUAAACUACAAAAUUGACUUUUGCUUGUUAAAUAUGGAAUGUAUGCAAGACUUAAUUAACCUUAUUGGAUAUAGUAAGUUGAAUAAGAUGGGAACCAUGUUGUUCAAGGCAAUUUAAUAUGUGUAUAUGCAUUUUAAACUGUCAAAGGUUACAUAUAAGAACAGAAAUAAAUAGAUCCCAAACAAUAGCUUUAAUAUUGUGCCAUUCUUUUUCAUAAUGUCGAUGCACAGUAAUUUAAGAACUUUCCUUUGUAAAUUCAAGUCCUGGCUGUAUUACUGAAAAGUAGUUUGCCAAGACCAAAUGCAUUAGUGCUCUUAACUUUUUAAUUUUUUAAAAAAUAUAUUCUUGCUUGGGUUAAAGCCUGGUGCUUUGUCACAUUUUUCUUUAAUGUAUUUGAUUUCAUUUUGUGUAAGAUUAUUGUUGUGAAAACAACUUGAUUUUCUUUCACAGUCUUGGCUGUAAAUUUGCCUUUAUCCUGUAGCUAAGAUUGCAUAAUUGUCAUGUAACAUGACUCAGUCAGGAGAUACCAUUGUGCCAUGUAUAUUUGCCUUAUUCUGUCACCUAUUCAAUACUAGCCACAUUAUUGUUUUAAGUGCCUUUUAUUUUAACAAAUGUUCACUUUUUACAGUGCUAUCAUGGAAGUUAUUUAUUAAAUAAAAAAUCUUAAAAACA